AUGGCGGCCGUCGAUGAUAAGGAAAACGUCGCGCCUUUCACAUCCAGCGAUCCACUCGCGCGCAAAGGCUCCUCACCGGCCAAGAAGCUCAAUCGCAAAGGUCGAAGCAAGAGUAUUGGACCAGGCGAUAGCGUCGAAACCCCAUCCGAAAGCGCAAAGCACGAUGCGCGCAACAGGCGAAAGUCCGCCUUCGUCCCAGCGAGCAAGGCGAUCAUCUCGAGCGAAGCAGAGAAGAAAGCAAGACAAGCGGCGCGUCGCCAGACUCUCGCCAACCGACGCGUCUCUUUCGCCCCCGAGGCGACAUUGCAUACAUGGGAUGUGAUUGAGUUCAUGCGCGACCAGACGACAUCGACGGAUUCCUCAGAUCAGACGCGACGCGCUUCGAACAUCACUCGUGCUGGCAGUGGCAGCUCGCCAGUCAAAAGGCCUGCACGUGCUGUUGAGGAUGGAGAACCGCCUUCCACACCACCGGAGCAGGAGGAUGAGCCGAAGACUCUGCCUGCAUCACCCGCUCCGCAGCGUGAUUUGCAUAGGAAGCAGACACAUCGAAGUAGUGCGGGGAUCUCGCCAGCGGAGAUGAUUAAUCCCGAGGAUAUGUAUUCGAGUGGUAUGAGUGGGAGUAGUGACGUUUCUGGCAGUGAAGAGGAGGAUGAGGAGGAAGAAGAAGAAGGUGAGGAAGACGAUCUCGAGGACGCGACAGGCACAGCUAUGAGUUUGGACGAAGGCGAAGAGACGAUUCGUUCAUCUGAGAGUGGAUCGAGCACAAGUUCCAGCUUGACUCGAAGGUUGAAGGAAGCGUCGGAAAUGGCUGGAACUCGUGGUAUCGAGUACGACGAAUAUGGAGAAGGUACAGUGUCUAUGGAGCUUGCAAGCGAGGAAGUGACGAAUGCCUUCAAGCCAUGGGCACAACGUCAGGCUGCUGAACCUGUUCUCUCCGCCAGUCUGGAUCAAGAGAAUGUCAAUCCUUUCUCGCCUGCUUUCAAGGCACAGAUAGUAUCUGGAGUCGUUACAAGGCCGGCCACGAUCGAAGAAGAGGAUACGGCGGAUAUGAGUAUGGAUGUUACACGGGCAGUGGGAGGUAUCUUGAAGCAAGCCCAGGCGCAUGCUGCUCGAGAAAGUUCGCCCAUGGAUGAUGGGACUAUGGACAUGACGCAAGCUGUUGGUAAGAUCUACGCGACUGCUGGACAGAAAAGACGACGGUCUACGACCGAAGCUGGAUCACCUGGCGAAAAUGCUCCCGCUACUGUUCUCAAACGCAGCAGACGGUCCUCCGCAGCACGCUCAUCAAUGGGCGAUGAUACGAUGGAUUUGACUGUGGCGAUCGGUGGAAUCAAGGAACCUAACUCAUCACCUUUCAAGCCGCAGCGAAGAAGGUCAGCAGCAGCAACAGCGGCAGCUAGACGACGAUCUUCUGGAGUGCAGUCCGAGCAGGAAGAAGCAACAAUGGACUUUACUGUAGCCGUUGGUGGCAUCAAAGCCGCUCAACGCGCCGAGAACACUGCCUCAAGCUUCGAUGAGAACGAGGAGCUGACCAUGGAACUGACGACUGUGCUUGGCGGUUUCAAAACUGCGCAAAGAGCUGCUGCAGCAAAUCAAGCGUCGCCAACCACGCCCAAGAAACCCAUGUCUCCAGCCAAGAAUCUCUCGCCCAAGGACCAAGAACGAUACAAGGAUGCGCCGGACUCUGGACCCAAGAAACUGCUGACCCCUAUCUUCCAGAAGCAGGUUCAUUUGUCGGCUGAGAAACCUCUUUCUUCUGCCGAGAAAUCUGCCCAAGCUGCUAAGCGCCGUAGGACGAUUUCGCCGGGCAUGGUGUCGUGGAUGGGUGCUGUGUUUGACGAAACUCGAGAGCCAGAGAAUGAUGCGGCUGCGCAAUUUGCGCCGCUGGCUGAGGAAGACAGACAUGAUUCUCCUGCAGGGGAGGAAGUGGCUUAUCCAGAGUUGUCGGCUGAAGAGGAGCCAGUGGAAGAGACACCCCUGCAAGAAAGUGUUGUGGAGGACCCUCCGAUACAGGAGACUCGCGUCGAGCAGGUGCCCUUACAAGGACCAAUCGCAAAGAUGCCAUCAGCUCGCACUACUCCAAGGACGCCACCAAGCCAGUCUCGAGUCUUCCAACUGCAACUCGAUGCACAACUGCUGCCAAUGCAGCCUUCGCCAUCAGUGGAGAAGGUCUUGCGUAGCACACCUGCCAAGCAAGCUUCGACACCCGAAGUACCAAGACAGACCGAGUCGCAGGAGGCUAGAAAUACACUGGCAAGUUCCAUCAGACUUAUGUCUACGCCUCGAAAGGAGACUUUGAAGGCUCUCACGCCGAAGAAACAGCCUGUGUCGAAGCAGGCGAGUCCGGUCAAGGCUAUCACACCUCGACCACGACUUGCUUCGGCGAGAAAGUCUCCUGCGACGCAAGUUCGUGAUGACAUAUUGGCUACCCAACCACAUGAUGAAAUAAUCGAGCAUGUGCAUCUCGGUGACUUCCUGGAGCAAGCAGGCAUCCGGUUUAUGGACAUUACAGCGACCAAGAGACGCAUGACUAUUGCUCCCACGCCUUCGAAGCUGCGUAGAUCGAACGACAUGGACGAGAACGAGCCUGCCGAGUCCAACCUUACCAUGGAGACUGCUCUAAUCUCCGCCGCUUGCACGCAGCCUGAGCACGAUAUGUACCAACAUGCUUGCCACGAGCUGAAGCACUAUAUUGACUCCGGCAAGAAAGUGAUCAAGACGCUCGAGGCGGAAACUUACGAGGACACGCCGCCAUUGAUACAGGCUUGGAUGAAUGCUGAGCCCAGCCGGAGAGCAAUACUCGAUGUCAAGAUGAGGGACAUGAAGACCCAGGCCAGGUUGAGGAGUAAGGAGAUGUGGUAUCAGUGGCGCAGCCAGCUGCUAGGCGAUCUUGUGAAGGGUCUGAGUGGUAUCGGUGAGGGUUUGCUAAGGGACGAUGAGGUUCUGACUGAGAGUGAGACCGUCCUUGACGCUGUUCUGCCUGGCUUAGUCGAGCAAAAGGAGAGUAUGGAGCUCGAGGCUGAGAGGCUGGAGCAGGCUCUUUCUGCGACUUCUGAAGAAGGGAAGAUGGAACUCGAGGCCGCAAGGGCAAGGCUGCUUGAAGUCGAUGCUGAGCUGGAGGAGAAGAGAGAGAUUCUGGCUAUGUUGCAAAAAGAAGGUCAAGAGCAGGAGUCUGUCGCGACAGAUCUGCAGGAUAGCAAGACGGAGUUCUUGGCCGCGAUACAAGAAGCUGAACGAGUGAGGGAAUCAUGCCGUGGUGUCUCACAUGGCGAGAUCUCAGCACUGAAAGACUCAAUCACCAACCUCGAAACGACCCACGGCUGGAAAAUCACCUCCGCCUCUUCCUCCCCACCAACAGUAACAAUGACCUACCGCUCCUCCCUCCAACUCUUCUUCCACCCGGCCGCCUUCCUCGUCCCCACCCAAUCAACCACUACAGCACGCCCGAACGCUCCCAUCAGCCUAUCAUACGUGGCUCAAGACCGCCAUGGCCAGGUUAAGGACCUAGAUACCACCCAACGUUUCUUCCUCCAAUUCCUGCGAGCGAGCCUACAAGCACUACCGCAAUGCGAGACUCGAGUAGCAGAACUCCUGGGGUUUGUGAGCCAGGGUUGGACGACUGCGCAAGCGGUUGUCCAGGCGGAGGAGAGACUGAAUAUCGUUACCCUCACCUCUUCUCGCAUCGUGAGCGAUGAGAAGCUGGCGAUGGAGUCUGACCUCCUUUUCCCGGCGAUCAGGACAAAAGUUCGAGUGGCUUUCGAGCUGGCGGCGAGUGUCGGGCAGGAGGCUGAUUUGCGGCUGGUUCUGGGGACGGGGGUGGAUGUUAGGGUGGUGUAUGGGGAGGAAUGGAAUGAGGGUAAGAUGACGAAGUUUGUUGGUGAGAGUGUUGGGGUUGAGGAUGUGGGUGAGGGGUGGGCGGAUGCGGUGAGGGAGUUGAGGGGGAGGUUAGGUGCUGGGGGUGGGAAGGGGUUUAGGAAGUGA